AUGGAAUUGAUCUGGAGAAAUCGCAGCGACGAGAUUGAACAGCAGCUGGAACGAAUGCGGUACAUUCUACGAGUCCAGUUCGGGCAUAAGGUAAACCUGGUCCGCUUGUGUCGCUAUUGCAAUAUCAUCUACUCUCUAUUGCUAAUCUGCUGUCUGACCCUUUUUCUGCUGACCAUAUACAAUCACGUGGUCACGGAUACGGCGCUGUUGCUUUUCUACGCAAUUUACUCGGAGGCGGUGCUGCUGAUGCGGCUCAGCAAUUUUACGUUGUAUGCGGUACUGAUAUUGGUCUUCUAUAUGGAGCUGCGUGAGGUCAGUUUCAGGCUGAUCUUAGAGCUGGAUAAGACACGCUUUGAAGUGUGGUCUUUACGGCGUUUAUCGCUGGAGCGUUUGGCCAUGGUCCAACAUCUGCACGGACUGCUGUGGAACACAGUGCGCUCCAUCGAACGAAACUUUGAGCUGAGCCUGGUGAUUGUGAUGCUAAAGUACUUUGUGGAUACCUCCGUGCUGCCCUAUUGGAUACUUGUCAAUAGGCACAACCAUAUAAAUAUUUCCACUACAUACUACUGCGCAACUGAGGAAAUAUGCAAGCUUAUGGGCCUCUUUGUUGCCAGCUUCAUCUGUACCCGAUGCGCACUGCUGCAGCGUCAGCUUCGAUCCAUAUUCCAUGGAUUGACCACAGAUCGUCAAAAUGCGCAGCUAAAUGCUGAUUUAUACCGCAUCUCCGGGCAACUGGGUCAGGAGAGAUUUGAAUUUAGUGCGGGUGGCUUGAUGGUUAUCAAUAAUGAGACACUGGGAAAGCAAAGCUUGGCAUUUUUAGCGUCCGAUUGUCACGCAUGGCUGGCCAUCAUAGAGUAUGUUCUGGCCUGCCCACCCCGCAGCCACAACAAUGAGAGCCGGCUUUAA